GCACGUAAUUUUCCCGAACAAAACUAGACAGGAGAUCCACUGGAAACCGUUUCUGUUGCAACAUUUCUGUUAUAGAACAAAAGUAAAGCCGGCACCGUGAUUUUCAUUUCAUUUUCGUCAUCAACCCCAAAACGGAUUCAAAUUGGCGGAUAUAAACAAGAUGAACAACAAAUCCCAGUAGUCUGAGCUCUUUCUCCCGACCAAUGAAAGAGAGAGAGACAGAGGGCAAUGUUUGUCUGAAUCUCACCCUCACUGGGUCUCGCAGUGGACGAAAAAGUUUGAGGCUUUUUUCGUAAUAACCCACAGGCAGCGCUUGCCUCUUCCAGACAACCCAGAUUCCGAUUGCUCUGUCUCGUAUCCUCUUUCUUUCAGUUCCACGCUUUUCUUUUCUUUUCUCCCCAAAUCCAGUAGAUUUCGGGUUCCCACAAUUUCAACCCUUUUGCCCUUUGCCACGAAGAAAUUCAUUACACAAGCAGUAUCUGCCACAACAACCGGCUCCAAUUUCUGGCGCCCUCAAGACGACUUUAGGAGGUUGGAGGACUCAAGCAUAUGGCCUAUUUGAAGACGGUGGCUCAAUUGGUACAGAAUCUUGGUUCCAUUUAAAAUCAGAAGAGGAAGAUGGAUGAGGGUGGACCUUCAGUGAGGAGAUGGGAGGACUUGGACACGGAUAUUUUGGUGAAGAUAUUCCAGUCGUUCGAUAUCUUUGAAUUAACUUCAGGGAUCGGUCACGUUUGCAGCUCUUGGCGUAUGGCCUGUGCCGAUCCUCUUCUUUGGAAAACGCUUGACCUUUCGAUAAUGAAAUCCAAUUUCAUAAAGAUUCCUUUGGAGCCAUACGUGUAUGUGGAUGGUCGUUCGGAUAAGAUUUUGACACGUCUGCUGAAGAUAUCAUUGAGUCUCAGCAAAGGAAGCAUUUCUUCGUUGAUCUUCCAUUUCAAUUUGUACGUCAGUGAUGAGCAGUUGACCUACACUGCUGAAAGGUGCCCACAUCUCAGAAGACUUGUCUUGCCAGCAUGGAACAGAAUAAAAAAGACUGGUAUAUGCAGGGCCAUCCGCUCAUGGAAAGAUCUCGAAUCCCUCACAAUGCCUAGCAUAGCAAAUCCUCCUUAUCUCAUCGAGGAAAUUGCCAAUAACUGCGCAAACUUCUGCGAGCUCAAAAUCAUGGGCCCUUUCGACAUCUUCUUCGCUACAACAUUGGUAACACAUCUCUCAAGAAUAAAGGUUCUAAGCCUCCGGUGUUCCAUGCUACUCAAGGACGCCCUGAUCAUAAUAUUGGAUGGCCUUCAGAGCCUCGAAGUGCUCAACAUUUCUCACUGUCUCUUGAUAGAGAUCCCACCACCUCCUGAGCCCAGAAGAGUGAUGAAGGAGCUCGAUGAUACUAUUCGUCAGAAGGCCUCCCGGCUCGGCCAGUUCUUGACUUGCAUGGAGGAGUCGUGUGUCAUGUGCCAGAGAACAAAAGCUGAUGAAGGGCUCAUGAGGUGGUAUAGGUACGAGGAAGGGUUGUGGAAGGCAGACGAGGUAACCUCUCUCUCACUAUAUUAGUGUAGAGCAUCUGUGUGGAAUGUUUGUAAUGUGGGGUGAAAAGGUUGUAACUUUAGCAUAUGGGAUGUUGAGUGUAGGGCUUCGUGUACCAAUUUCUGUUGGGUAUAAUUUGAUUUGUGUUGUGCUAGAAGAAAACAAUAAACCCAGUAUGUGUGAGUGGAUAUGAAUAUAGAAGAAGGCUUUUCUUUUGUUUUUGUUUUUGUUUUUGCCUUGUUAGUUGUGGUGUUGGCAGAAGGCUGCUAUGCCAUGCCAUCAUCAUCUCCUUUCUUGAAGAUGGUUAUGGAGAAAUGAGAGAGAAUCAAAGUCAUUGUUACACAUUGUUGGAUAAUAUUGUAUAUAUGUAAGUUCCCUUGUUUUGCCCCC